GCGCGCGCGCGCACACACACACACAUCACUAAAAAUCGUUCAAGUCCAUCCAUAAUAUAUUAUUGUUGUAAUUUAUAAAUGCUGCUUAGUUGUUGAACCGAGUAAGUCCUGACAAUAGAUUAGCGCCGCCUCGCAAUGAUUUUACUCGAGAUAAACAACAGGAUAAUCGAAGAAACGCUAAACAAUAAAAUAAAGAAUGCUUUAGCAGGUUAAUGUUGCAGUGGUAAACAAGAGUCCACAGAUGUUAUGGUAGCAGACUUCGAUGGAGUAUUAUUUCAUAUUUCAAAUUUGAGCGGUGACAAGUCUAAAAUUAGAAUAAGUGCUCUGCUCAAAUUUUAUAAACAAUUACAAGAACAUGGAGCCGAUGAUUUAUUGAAAAGAGAAUAUGGUAGUUACUUGAUUGAACCAGAAACAGGUUACAGUGUGACAGUCAUGAUUGAUCUUGAAAAUUUGCCAGAAGAUUGGGAAGCUCUGGUAAAAAAAAUUGGAUUGCUUAAAAGGCACUGCUUUGCAAGCGUAUUUGAAAAGUAUUUUGAUUUUCAAGAAAAAAUUAGUGAAUCACCUGAGGAUACUAGCAAACUUCAGAAAAAAGCUAUCAUACAGUAUAGGGAUCAAGAGAUUAUAUAUGUUGAAGCCAAAAGUGAUAGAGUAACAGUGAUAUUCAGUACAAUAUUCAAAGAUGUAGAUGACAUAGUAAUUGGAAAAAUGUUUCUACAAGAAUUAAAAGAAGGAAGAAGGGCUAGUCAUACUGCACCACAAGUAUUGUUCAGCCAUCGGGAACCACCUCUAGAAUUACAAGAUGCUGGAACAGCUAUAAGCGACUGCAUUGGCUACAUAACUUUUGUAUUAUUUCCACGGCAUACAAAUAAAGAUGCACGCAAUAAUACAAUUGAUUUAAUACAUAUGUUCCGACAUUAUCUACAUUACCACAUAAAGUGUAGUAAAGUUUAUAUUCAUUCCCGGAUGCGCACCAAAACUACUGAUUUCCUUAAAGUUUUAAAUAGAGCACGUUCCCAGCCAAAGAAUACAGAAAAAAAGACAAUUACGGGUCGAACAUUUAUUAGAAAAGAAUGAAAGUCACAGAAUGACAGUAAAACAAUAAAAAAAUGAAUUACAGAUUAUUCAAAUAUUGCCUCAUCUUUUCUACAAAUAACAGCUCUGCUAACUCGUAUCACUGAUUGGGUUUAGUCCUGCAUAGAAACUGUUUUAUGUUGCAUACCAGUCACAAAAGAAAAGAUUGGUUUAUCUCAUUAAUCAUUGAUUCAUAUCUAUAAUGUCCAUCUGUAGUUAAACUUAAAAAUUAAUGGCAAUAGAUCGCCAAAUAUGAUAUAUGAAGAAUAAAUAAAACGACGUACAAUCAUGUAA